UCGGAAGCCAAACUUAGCGCUCACAAAUCCUACUCCUUCUCCUUCUCCUUCUUCUCCAAACAAGAAACCUCCCCUGAGACGAGAUGGGCUCCUCCUCUUGCUGGAGCUUACUCUUCCUCACCCUCCUCGCCCUCUCAUCCCUCACGAAUGCCGAAACCCCCUCCUCCUCUGGCCUCAGGAUGAACUUCUACAAGGAAUCCUGCCCUCAAGCCGAAGACAUCAUCCGCGAACAAGUCAAACUCCUCUACAAGCGCCACAAGAACACCGCUUUCUCCUGGAUCCGAAACAUUUUCCAUGACUGCGCUGUCCAGUCUUGCGACGCCUCUCUGCUUCUGGACUCGACCAGAAAGACUCUCUCCGAGAAGGAGACCGACAGAAGCUUUGGCAUGAGGAAUUUCCGAUACUUGGAAGAAAUCAAGGAUGCGGUGGAGAGGGAGUGUCCUGGAGUUGUCUCCUGCGCUGAUAUCUUAGUUCUCUCAGCCAGAGAUGGGAUCGUUGCAGUUGGAGGGCCGAGUAUUCCCCUGAAAACAGGGAGGAGAGAUGGGAGGAAGAGUAGGGCGGAGGUGGUGGAGAAGUUUCUGCCUGAUCAUAACGAGAGUAUUUCCUCUGUUUUGGAUAAGUUUGGAGCUAUGGGUAUUGAUACCCCUGGACUUGUUGCUCUUCUUGGUGCACACAGCGUAGGCCGAACGCACUGCGUGAAGCUAGUGCACAGGUUGUACCCUGAAGUCGACCCAGCUCUGAACCCGGACCAUGUUCCUCACAUGCUCAAGAAGUGCUACGACCCGAUCCCAGACCCAAAAUCGGUACAAUAUGUGAGAAAUGAUCGUGGCACUCCCAUGAAGUUGGACAAUAACUACUACCGCAACAUCCUGGACAACAAGGGUCUUCUCAUGGUAGACCAUGAGUUGGCCAGUAACCCGAAAACCCGACCCUAUGUUAAGAAGAUGGCCAAGAGCCAAGAUUACUUCUUCGAGCACUUUGCACGGGCCAUCACGCUUCUCUCAGAGAACAAUCCGCUCACCGGCGAAAAUGGUGAGAUCCGCCGCCACUGCAACCUUGCCAACAAGAACCACUAUGAUGAAUGAUCGGUUCAUCAGUUUAUUAUAAACUAUAUAUAUGGCUUGUUCGUGGUGAACUAAUUGGUGUUGCAUGUCAUGUUUGAGGUUUCAAGUCUAUGGUUGUUCUUGUUGUUUCAUUUAGGGUAAGUGGUUUAAGUCGUGGUGGAUAAUAUUAAUAAAAUUAUUGUUAUUUUCAUGUAAAUA